AUGGCAGACUACACAGUUCCUCUCUGGCUCGACGGCAAGGAAGUCGUUACCAGCAAUACUUUCGACGUCAAUUCGCCCAAGACCGACAAGAAGCUCUGGAGCUGCGCUGCCGCUUCCGUCGAAGAUGCUCAGAAAGCCGUAGGCUCGUGCCAACGCGCCUGGAAAUCAUGGAAGAAGAUGAAGAGUACCGAGAUUCGUAAGAUCCUCUUGAAGGCAGCAGACAUCAUGGAGAGUCGUCUGGACGAGCUGGCCAGCUACCAAAUGGAAGAGACGGGUGCUCCUGAAUUCAUUGUCAAGAGCUUCAACUUGCCCACAACCGUCGAGAUGUUCAGAGACGUUGCUGGUCGCAUUGGUAGCAUUGUCGGCAUGAUCCCCCAGACUCAAGAUGGUGGUGCUCUGGUCUUCAAGGAGCCUUACGGUGUCAUUCUGGGUAUUGCGCCCUGGAACGCACCUUACAUUCUCGGCUUGAGAGCUGUCAUCUACGCCCUGGCCACUGGCAACACCUGUAUCCUCAAGGGAAGCGAGCUCUCUCCUCGCUCCUUCUGGGCUAUUGGAAGUGUCUUCCACGAGGCUGGUCUGCCCGCUGGUUGUCUCAAUGUCUUGUACCACCGUACUCAAGACGCUCCUGCUGUCACCAACACUCUCAUCGAAGCUCCUGAAAUCAAGAAGGUCAACUUCACUGGUAGCACCGCUGUUGGCGCUCUCAUCGCCGCUAAGUGCGGUCAAAACCUCAAGCCCUGUCUCAUGGAGCUCGGUGGUAAGGCAUCGGCUCUUGUCCUCGACGACGCAGAGAUCGAGAAUGCUGCCUUCCAAUGUGCUCUCGGUGCUUUCGUCCACGCUGGCCAGAUCUGCAUGUCCACCGAGCGUAUUGUUGUCCACAAGUCUAUCCUGGAACCUUUCUCAGAAGCUCUCAAGGGUGCCAUCGCAAAGAUCUACCCCGACUCUGGUGAAGCCCCUGUUCUGGUUGCUAAGCCAGCCGUCGAGAAGAACCAGAAGCUUGUCAAGGAUGCUGUCGAGAAGGGUGCCAAGCUCCUCUACGGAGACAUCAACUCAAAGGAGAAGAACCCACACCAUCUUCGCCCAUUCGUCGUGCAAGAUGUUACAAAGGAAAUGGAUCUCUACUACACCGAGUCUUUCGGUCCUUCGGUAUCGCUUCUCACCGUCGAAUCCGAUGAGGAAGCCGUAGACUAUGCCAACGACACCGAGUACGGUCUCUCUGGUGCCAUCUUCACCAAAGACCUGCAAAGAGGUAUCAGACUCGCCAGACAAAUUGACAGCGGCGCCGUGCACAUCAACCAAAUGUCUGUGCACGAUGAAGCAGGUCUGCCUCACGGUGGUGUCAAGAAGUCUGGAUGGGGACGUUUCAACCAUGAGAAUGGUCUUAACGAGUUCUUGAAGCUCAAGACUGUUACUUUUGCUGGUGAAUGGUGA